AUCCAGGUUUAAACUAAACCGUUUUAAAGUUCUUAAGAUAAUCCAGGUUUAAACUAAACCGUUUAAAGUUCUUAAGAUAAACCAGGUUUAAACUAAACUCAGCUCUCCUCUGCGGCUCCACCGCUAUAAACGUCAUCGAGCUUCCGGUCAUGAAAGGGUUAUGUUUACAGCACGCAGAUGACGUCAGAGUCAGCUGUGCCUCGUGCAAGCGCAGUGCUCGUGCACGUGUGUGUGUGCGGAUGAUUCAGCAGCUCCAGCUUCAGUCUCAACAUGUGCAGCAGCGGCGGACUAACGGCGGAUUAACGGGCCGUUACCGGGACCUUCUGACCGGAAAGCAGCCGAACCGGACCGCGAAACCCUCGAAGCGGAGCCCCGGAGCCGCUGCUCGGUGCGUCGGUCCGUCCGUCUGUCGGUGGAGGCCGAGCGGAGGCUGCCGCGUCGACCUUCCUCCUCCAAACCCCUCCUCAGGAUUCUACCGAUUACCGGGACUCUUUACGGUCCGUCGGGUUCUUUCCGAACCUCUCCGGUGGAUUUUACCGAAACCCCACAGGACCGACUCCAGCUGCUCCCUCCAGCCGCCUGCAGAGCGACAUUUCCGCAUUCGGAUGCUCCGUCAGCCGGCAGCUCCUGUCACUCAGUGUCUCCAUGGUGAAGUGGGCGUGGCCUGAUGUCAGCUCCUCCUCUCGUAGACCCUCCCACCGUCACCAUGCCAACCAUGGUUUCUCGGCUGCCCAAGUUCGGCUUUCGGCCCAGAUCUCAGACGGCUCCGGCUGCAGCCAUCACCGCUUCUUCUGCCGCCAGCAGCCGCCUCACCAACGGGUUCUACCACCAUCCUGGUCCGGCGGGGGUCAACGGCUCCGUCACGGCGCCGCCCUCCACCGUGCAGCAGAACGGCUUCAUCAGAGUGCCGACUUCCUUCUCCACGAAGUGGAGGAAGGAGGACGGGGCGAUGGAGGACGCCGAGGCGAAGAGCGUCCACCAGCAUGCCAGAAAACCAGCCACACCCCCUGCAGGAAAGGGGCGUGGCUUUGGCCAGCCAGUGACAUCAUCCUCGCCAUCGCCACAGUUGAGCCCCAGAACUCUGCCUGUUUCUAAGACCGGAUCCAGACUGAGUUCGCCGGCGUCCGGACCCCCCAAACGGACCCCGAAUGGCGUCUCCAAACCUCGCGGCGCCCUCAGGCAGCCUCAGAGCUUUGGUCGACCCGGUUCCAGGCCCAGUUCUGGACCCGGGUCUCGCUCCGGGUCACCCUUCCAGAAGAAGGCGCCUGCCAGCCGCUCGUACUCCAGCGACAGCCUUGGCUCCGCCCCCUCCGUCCAGCUGACCCAGAACGACCGAUUCCGCUCCCGGAGCCUCAUCCAGGUCCGAAGGCAGCCCUCCCCCACCCUCACCCCCUCCUCCCCCACCGUCACCCACGGCAACAGGGCAUCAUCCGCCCAGGCUCCGCCCAGAAAACCUGCAGAGGGAGGAGCUCGGGGCAGUGAAGGGGUCAAAGGCAGGUCAUGCGUCCCCUCCCCGGCAGCCUUAAAGAAGCCCCUCCUACCCAGCCUUUGCCCUGCCUCCAAGCCCAGUGGCAUCAGCUAUAAGCUGUCGCGGCCGUCACUCAUGAAGCAGUCCCGCCCCCUCCAACCAAUGAGAGUGACUCCAACCAAUGAGAGAGGAGGAGAAAUAAACCGAGGACUGAACGGACGAAGAGACUCAGUGGAGACGCCGUCGACCACAGACAACAGCCCUGUAGAAGACUCCCCCGAUGCUCCAGAGCCAGAGGGGCUGAAACCAGAGCUUGUAUCCCAGGGAGAGGUGUCCAUCAUAGGGGAGACUCUGGAGGACAUGUCUCUGUCCUCCACCUCAUCUCUGGACAGAAAUGACACCAGUCAGGAGUACAUGGACGACUUCGACAACCUUGGUAACGGAGGCGUCGGCAUCCUGCUGCUCUCCUCCAAAAACGAUGAAGACGACUCAGGGCUCGACCAAUCGUGUUCCAGGUUCAACGAUGACAAACCUCCCGCUGUUAACGGCGUUACCAAGGCAACCGGACUGUGUUUCCUGGAUGACGGUUUGGAUUGGACCGACGUCAGACUCAGCGGUGAACCAGGAGAGAAUCGACUGAACCAACUGACCCGCCGGAGGAGGUCCAGUCACCCAGAAUACCACGAACAGGGCGGUUCAUCCCUGGACCUGUCCCCCUCCGACAGCUGUGGUUCUGGUGGGACCUACAUGUGGGAUGAAGAGGGUCUGGAGCCACUAGGGGGCGCCGCCACCACCGCCUCCAUCCACACCAACAGCAACACCACCCACCACAUCGGCAGCUUCGACUCCGACAUCAACAGCAUCGACAUCCUGAACAACCUGGACUCUGAUCUGGCCGAUGAUGAUCUCAUGCUGGAUGUUGAUUUCCCAGAAGAAGCUUCUCUUCACAGCGAUGGAGACGUUGUGCCCCACAUGGCCCAGUGGAGGAUGAGGCAGCUCUGCUGGGGAACUCAGGACGUCCACAACGACAAUGAAAGUGAAUUUCAGAGCUUCAAGCUGACCGAGGAUCCUGGAAACAAGAGGAAGGACUCGACCAGAGACGGAGAUCUCAUCCUGGAUCUGUGUCCUACCAGGACUUCCUGUCUGUCUCCUGGUUCUCCCAGUCUGGGUCUGGAUGUGGAGGAACUGGCUGAAGACUGUUCUGCUGUCAGAUCCCAGCUGGAGUAUCUGCAGAGGUUACUGCUGCAGGAGGAAGAUCUGGACGACGACACUCUGACCACCGACACUCUGAGUCCAGAAACCGUCGACUCGUCCCACAGCUCCGACUCUCAGGUCAGAGCGUCACCUCCUCUUCUUCUGCUGCUCUCAGUGUUUUCCUACAUUUCCCAGAAUCCUCUCCUCAUCCUCUACCUCUACGUCUGUUUGCAGGUUCAGGCUCUUCUGCAGGAGGUUCAGCAGCUCAGAGAAGAACUGAGGAGUCGAGACCGAACCAUCGCUCAGCUCACAAUGCAGCUGACGGUUCCCACGGUAACCACCAGGUGUCGUUGCCUGGAGACGACAGGAAGGACAGAUCAACACACGCAGACGAGUGUGACGGAGAGAGAGAACGUCGCCUCACAGACACCAUGGAGAGAUCACACCUCACAGAUACUUCACUCCUCCAAUCAGGACGACCAGGAACCACUGACAACGCCGCUGCCGCCCACCCAAGCUCCACCUCCAGCUCGCCACGCCCCCGCCGACAGACUCCCCACGCUGCCGCCGCCGGGAGCAGAGAAUGAUGGGAAAGCUCAGGAGAAAGGUGACCGGAGAGGAAGAUCCCUGCUGCCCCCUCAGCCCUCCAAGCUCCGCCUCUUCUCCUCUAGCCCCGCCCCUCUGAGGGCGACCCGGCCGCCUCGCGACCCAGAAACCAGCGGCUCUUCUGGGGUAAAACUCAGAACCUCUGGCUCGUCUCGCCUCCCCAAACCAAAGAGCCACUGAGCCGCCGCCUUCCUAACAUACAGCGACGUUUAGCCGUGCGAAGUCUGCCUCCAACUAAACCAAUAUUUAUUUAAUGCUUCAAAAUAAAAGCUAAAAAACCGAUUGAUACUAAAUGUGAAACGUCUGGAGGCAGUUUUCUGCAGAAUCUGAGAAAAAACAAGAAUCUGUGCCUUUAAUUUGAAAAUCCAUCAUCAGAUUACAGGGUUUUUUGUUUGGCAUACUGGGCUGAGAUGUUUCAGAUUUUGGCUGCUAGGCAGAGUAGAGCUACAUGACAGAGUUUCACUGUAAAACCUUAAAAAAGCAAAAACUUUCCCUCAUUAACAGACUUUCUCUGACAGUAAAUGAAGUGGGGAACAUGACAGUGGCCAGCAUUCAGCCUCCUGAUUUUAAUUUAUUGGUGCAUUAACGAAAUAAAAUAAAAAUAUCUGUCACUAAGUGCACAUUAAGCCAUUCGCCUGCGGUUUUAAAUAAUUAAUGAGCACCAAGUAAACGCUUUCUGUCAUUUAAAUGGAGCACUUCUCUAAAAUACCUGAUCCUGAAAUCAAUAACUGCUCAUAAACUCAUCGCAGCUCGUUAAUUUAAAGUCAUUUAUCGCUUUUAGUUAAGUAAAUCAUCACUAAAACCAGUUCAAAUCAGGCCGCUGUGAUGCAUUAAUGAUGGUUUUUAUUAGGAAAACAGAAAAACUACAGUUUCAAAGCUUCCUGCAGCCUCUCGCUGUGUGUUAGGAAACGAUUUCACUGCUGGAAAAGCUCCAGAACCCAACCAUCUGCUCACGUCUCCGCGGUCACAAAACUCUUCGUCUUCUCUCAGUUUACGCUUUUGUUUUUGUGAAUUCAAAAGCAAAAUGACAAAAACCACGACCCGAAUCUGAGAGUUUUUUCACGUCGCUGCUGUUAAAGUCUUUGUUCUCGUUAAAUCCUCCACAGGUGGUUAAACUGCAGCUUUUCAGCAGCGAUUCCAACAGACGGAGGCGGAAGAGCUCAGGAGGCUUCAAACUGCAGCUUGUUUCUGUGACACUUUAUUUACAGAUAAAGUUUACAACAAAACAACCUCAAAAACACAAAACCACCACAAAGAGACGCAAAACAACAGCAAAGACGCAAAACCACCACAAAGAGACGCAAAACCACCACAGAGAGACGCAAAACGGCCGCAAAGAGACGCAAAACGGCCACAAAGAGACGCAAAACGGCCACAAAGAGACACAAAACCACCACAAAGAGACGCAAAACCUCCACAAAGAGACGCAAAACGGCCACAAAGAGACGCAAAACGGCCACAAAGAGACGCAAAACGGCCGCAAAGAGACGCAAAACGGCCACAAAGAGACGCAAAACGGCCACAAAGAGACGCAAAACCACCACAAAGAGACGCAAAACCGCCACAGAGAGACGCAAAACGGCCGCAAAGAGACGCAAAACGGCCACAAAGAGACGCAAAACGGCCACAAAGAGACGCAAAACCGCCACAAAGAGACGCAAAACCACCACAAAGAGACACAAAACGACCAGAGACACACAAAACGACCAGAGACACACAAAACGACCACAAAGAGACACAAAACGACCACAGAGACACAAAACGACCGCAAAGAGACGCAAAACGACCGCAAAGAGACGCAAAACGACC